AUGACUUACACAUUGGCAAUCUUAGGCUGCGGUGUUAUGGGCCAAGCACUUCUUUCUGCCAUUUACAAUGCUCCAAAGGCGGUCGACGAAACUGCUGCUGCAUUUUACCCUUCCAAAAUCAUCACAUGUAACCAUGAUGAACCAAGUGCACAACAAGUUACCGAUCUAAUUGAGACAUUCGACGAAUCUCCUAACGGUAUCAAAGUGGAAAGUACUUACGGUCACAACGUAAGCGCUGUCAAAGAAGCUUCUGUGGUUCUUCUUGGUACGAAGCCAUUUUUGGCAGAAGAAGUGUUGAACGGUGUGAAAAGCGUCAUUGAGGGAAAGCUACUUAUUUCCCUGGCUGCCGGCUGGACCAUUGACCAAUUGUGUCAAUACACUAGCACUGUUUGUCGUGUUAUGACGAACACACCUGCCAAGUACGGAUAUGGCUGUGCGGUGGUAUCCUACUCCGCUGAUGUUUCCAAAGAGCAAAAGCCACUGGUCAACGAGUUGAUCAGUCAAGUUGGUAAAUACAUUGAACUUCCUGAAAAGAACAUGGAUGCAGCCACUGCAUUGGUCGGUUCAGGCCCCGCUUUUGUUCUGUUGAUGCUAGAAUCCUUAAUGGAGAGUGGGUUGAAAUUAGGAAUUCCAUUACAAGAGAGUAAGGAGUGUGCCAUGAAAGUUCUAGAAGGAACAGUGAAGAUGGUUGAAAAGAGUGGUGCUCACCCAUCCGUUUUAAAGCACCAAGUUUGCACACCAGGUGGCACAACCAUUGCCGGGCUGUGUGUAAUGGAAGAAAAGGGCGUCAAGAGUGGUAUUAUUAAUGGUGUCGAAGAAGCGGCCCGUGUUGCGUCACAGCUAGGCCAGAAGAAGAAAUAG